GUUCUUGGUAAGUAAAGGUGGUCAGUUUCUUAUAAACAGAAUAAAAAUUCUAAAAUAAAUGUUUUGUGCUUGUGUUCUGCUAAGCAAAUUAAAAAAUAUAUAACUUAAUCAUCCACUGGAAUAUUAAGAUAACAUCAGUUUUAUCUACUUUUGUGUAUGGAAUUACUUUUUAGAAAAUAAAUGAGACUGACUUAUAUACAUUGCCAAAGUGCAAAUGUGUAUUUCUGUGAAGUUGCCCCUUUGGGAAAAAAAAAAAACCUUUGUCUGGUUUGUCCUAUAAAUAUGAUUGUGCUUAACUGGGUUUUUUAGAUGAUACAAAAUCAUUCAUAUGUCAGUGGCUACAAGUGACUUCAUAGUAAAUUGAAUAUGAAAUUAAAAAAAAGGGGCACAAUCUAUGUUAUAUAAUGCAAAUCAGUACAAACAAAAUAACAGUAAAAUAGGUGUCAUGUAAGCAAAUACACACAAUAGCUUAGGUGGAUGCAAGUGCUGGGUUAAGAAAAUUUUAUUGAAUCAAAAGGCAGAUAAAUCCAAAUUCAGCAUACAGACUAAGAGACAUGAAACAUUGAACAGAAAGUGUUUGGUAAUCGCAGUUCAUCUAGAUGAGAUUCUUUGCAAAAAUGAAACAGACACAAAGGUAUUUAAACAAAAACUACCAAACACAGAAGUGGAAACACCUGUGAAUAAACAAAAAAGAAGAACCAAUAAUGGAACAGGGAUGGAGACAAAACGAUUCAAAACAAAAGCACAUGGCACCAGGAAAUAGACUGUGGAAGUCCACUAGCAUUGCAUAAUGGUAUGCUCUCAUGAACUGGCAUGCUACACUUGGUACAAUGGGGAUAAUCUCUGAUAAUGUGCUCUGACAUCACUCUAAACCAUAGACUUACACAGAAUCCAAACCACAUUUCCAUAAAAUAGAUUGAGUAAAUUAUACAAAGCAAGAGAUAACUGAUAUGCUGAUCUGAAUGCCAUAUAUAGUCAGCAUCAAUAUAUUGUGUGCAUUAAAUAGUUAUUUAGACAAGAUUCUUAAAAGCAGAUAAAACCCAGUAGCAUCUCGACUUUAUGAGAAGGCUAAGGAGAGCACAGUUCCCACCCCCAUCCUUACCACAGUUUACAAAAAGACUAUUAGAAGCAUCAUGAGGAGCAGCCUGGUUUAAUAAAAUACAUAAUUUCUGAUUGUAAGACCCUGCAAUGAAUGGUGUAGACAGUAGAAAAGAUCACCAAGGUCUCUAUUACCUCUAUCAUGGACAUUUACACCACAUUAUGCAUCGGCAAAACCACCAGCAUUGUGGAUGACCCCAGACACUUGCAAUACAAAUAUUUACACUUCUUCUGUCAGGCAGAAUGUACUACAGAAUUUGAGCCCUUACAGACAGGCUAUGUAACAGUUUCUUCCCCCAAACUCUCAGACUUAUUAAUACAUGAAGACACUAUAAUAGACCUGUGUAUUGGUCAACUCUUUCAUUGUGCCUACAGUCCUGGUUUUGUUAAUUAUUGUAAUCUCUUUCAUUGCUUGCACACAUUUGUACACAUGCACUUUAUAUAGUCCUGUAUGAAGGUUUUUUUAGUCUAUGUGUUGUGUUGUCUCUUGUAUUAUUGUGUCCUUUAACAUAGCACCAUGGUCUUGGAAAAACUUUUUUUCCCCACUGUUUAGUGUAACAGCUGUAUAUGGUUAAAUUGACAAUACUUCAUUUAAUUUAACAAGGGAAUUUCAUGAGUAGCUUUUUUUUGCUAACAUCAUGUGUUUGCAAAUCCUUUUUUUUAGUAGACAUUGUUUAAAAUUAAAAGCAAAUACGUAAUUUCACAUGUGAUCUGAACUUCCUUAACAGGCAUUCACACUCAGUUUGAUGUCAUGGGAAGAUUUAGUUUGUACUCUCUUAAUAAUAUGACUGCCUUUUGUGUUAAUGAAAGAAUAUUUCCUUUCAUAUUCUUCAUUUUUUUCCAAACUGGAAAUGGAGAGGAUUGCAAAAAGAUUACAAACGAUCAACACUAUUCGUGUGAAGGAAGGAACCUCACCCACAUACCUCGCAAUAUUCCCUCCUCUGUACAGACACUGGACUUCAGUUUUAAUAUGCUGCCUUCUUUACAAAAGCAUCUGUUUCCUCCACUGUUUGAUUUGAAGGUCCUGGAUCUCACAAGAUGUCAGAUCCAGUACAUUGCUGAUAAUGCUUUCCACAAUGUAAGGAAUGUGGUUAUUUUAAUUCUUACUGGAAACCCCAUUUCAUAUAUAGCACCUGACAGCUUGAACUCAUUACACAAAUUACAGAGAUUACUUCUUGUGGACAUUGGCCUGCUAUCUUUAAAUGCCCAGUUCAGCAAUCUAACCAAUCUUCAGGAACUAAAAGUUGGAACUAACAAAAUUCAAACCAUUGCUCUUCCACAAUUCAUGAUCAACUUUAAAGACUUCCGUGUACUGGACCUGCAUGCAAACAACAUAUCCAGUUUAAAAGUAAACCACACAGUUGUUCUUCGAGAGAUGAGGGGUAAUAUCACUCUAAUACUCUCCAGCAAUCCAAUACUACAUAUUGAACCAGGAGUAUUUCAGGAUAUUUACCUAAAAGAGCUUAAUAUUCGGAGUGCUUUUGUUUCAAUUGAUGCAAUACGAAUGGCUCUCAGUGGUCUUUAUGUCGAUAAAGUUAUAAUGGGAAACUACAGACUAGUUAGACAGAUAACAACUUUAGAUGAGAAUUACCUUGCUGGUUUGUGCAUGAUACGUUUCACAGAAAUAUAUUAUAUCCAAAAAGAAUGUUCCCCUUUUAAACUUCACAUAUUUCGAUGUAUGAUCAAUGCCACAAAGGUCACUCUGAAAAGUGGUUGUAUGACAGUCAUGGAACAUGUUCCAUUUCGUCAACUUAAAGAACUAUAUGUAGGCCGCCUACAUUUAUCGGUAAUACCAGACCUUUCACAUGUACAUUCUUUAGAAAAACUGGUGGUGGUUGAUAACAAGGCAGCAUUAUUUCAUGGUCUCAGUGAUAUGCCCAAACUUCAGCAUGUAGACUUGAGUAGAAACCAAAUGAUAUUACAAGAGUGCUGUUCCUUGUAUUUCAGAAAUGCGCCAAAUAUCCGUCACAUCAAUUUAAGUCAUAAUGCAAAAAUAUGGUUAAAUGCAAAACCAUUUUUUAAUCUUGAAUUAGUUGAGGAAUUAGAUUUCCAUCACACAGUUUUGGAUCUAAUUGGGCAAACUGGAGUCUUACAAAAUUUAAAAAAUCUAAAAUAUUUAGACCUUUCAUACACUAGAACUGUUUUUAGUAGUUACUUAGCUUUCCAUGGGCUUCAAAGCAUUAAGAUAAUAAAAAUAGCAGGCAAUACUUUCCAGGGAACUACACUGACUGAUUUAUUUGAAAAUCUUACAGCUUUGGAGGUUCUUGACAUGUCACAUUGUGGCAUUGAUCAAAUACCCUGUAUUGCUUUUCGAAACCUACAGAAGCUUCGCCAGCUACUUCUUAGUCAAAACAACCUGAUGGUUUUGGAUUUUUUGACACAGCCCAAUUUACAAAGUCUAACGCAUCUUGCUGUGGACCAAAAUAGUAUUUCUGCUAUCAAACUUAGUACACUUCAAAACUUACCAGUGAACCUUUCUGUUUUUGACAUAACCUCUAAUCCAAUCAGCUGUUUUUGCACCCAAACAGAUUUUAUUUUGUGGAUUGUAAAACAUAAAAAAUUAUUUCCUAAUUCUAAUAAUGUUUUAUGUAAAACACUGUGGUCAGAUUCAAAAAUUAGACUUAUUGACUUUGAUGUUGAAGACUGUAUACACAUCAGAAGGCUGACUAUUGUGUUAUGCGUAUGUGCUGCCAUUUUUCUCAUUCUUGUAUCAGUUUUGACCUACAAAUUUCAGUUUUAUUUACGAUAUGCCUAUAUCCUGCUCAGAGGUUAUAAUGUCACCAGACAGCAGGAAUUUUCUUAUGAUGCGUUUGUUAUCUACUCCAGCAAAGAUGAAUCAUGGGUAAUGGAUGAACUGCUGGAAAAUCUGGAAAAUGGGUGUCCACCCAUUCAGCUAUGUCUUCAUGUGCGGGACUUUGAAGCUGGCAAGGCCAUUACCUCCAACAUUAUAGACGAAGGAAUCAUGGGUAGCCAUAAAAUUAUCGUGGUCGUAUCUAAACAUUUUAUUGAGAGUUCCUGGUGUCGUUUUGAAUUUGAGGUGGCGCAGUCUUGGCUAGUAAUGCAAGGCAAUGCUAACAUCAUCAUCAUCAUUCUAGAAGAUGUGGAGGAAGAGAAGUCAAAGAAGGUGUUCGGGCUUCAUAAGCACCUGAGAAACAAUACGUAUCUAAAGUGAAACCCAGUAAACAAUAUGAGAUUCUGGAUUCGUCUUCGAAAAGCUGUUAUUACAAGAAAAUAGUAGGCUUUAUUCUAAAAUGUUAAAUAUUUAAUGAUUUCAUUUAUUUUUAAGCCUUUUUAAAACUUCAUACUUUAAAAAAGAAACUAUUAUAAGACUAUGACACAUGCAUUCUUGUCAUGCAAUCAUUAUCCCUACUCAGUCAUUAGUUAUUGCAUUAAUGAGUUGGAUGACAUUUUCCUUGUAAAAAAGAAAGAAAGAAAAUAAAGUUUUCUAAAGGAAAAAGUACA